AUGGGGCCUAAAGCACCAGUCUGCGGCGUCUGCGCCCAGCCAUCGAAAUACCGCUGCUCAGUGUGCCCAGUACGAUACUGCUCAGUAGCGUGUUACAAGACACAUAAGGAGAGUUGUAUAGCUACGUCAGAGACUGGGCCGGCGCCAUCUCUUGAACCACCAGAUGUCCAGCCAACUGAGCCAGCUGAGCCAGUCGAGCCGACUACAGAGGAGCAGCCCGACUUCAAGCCUCUCAAGCCCCUCACAUCGCUCAAGUGGCCGCCUGAACCUGACGCGAUGAUCUUCUCGGACCCUCUGAAGCGGGACGACCCGAAGCCUCUCCGUACCACAGAGCUGGAACGUAUUGCGACAUCCCAGCCUCUCCGCGACCUCCUGGCCGAGGAGAAGCUUACGCGUAUCCUCUCCGCAUUGGAUGCUAUGCCGAGCAAGGCGAGGCAUGAUGCCCUAGCCCGCUUAUUGGGUGUUGAUGCUGAUAGCCUCGCGCGUCCCGCUGCGGCCGCGACGCUCGAUCGCGGGUCUCCGCCGCCGCUUGGUGACCUUCUCACGGCUGCGGCGAAUCCACAGGAGAGGAAAGAGGAAUGGGGUGCGGACGGGUGGUGGCUUGGACACUCUCCACGUGUAUGGAUUGGCGAGGAGGAGAGGCAGCUCGUCAAACUAUGGGCUGGGGUUGUCGUGCGUGAGAUCGAUGGCGAGAGCGACGGCGCUUGGGGGAGCGGUAACCUCGAAUGGGUGGUCUAG